AUGCCGGGCGUUGCCAAAUCCACAGCCUGUGCCAACUGCAAGAGAAAAAGAAUCAAGUGUGACCAAAAAUGGCCAACAUGUGCUCCGUGUCGCCGAAGCGCUCUGGUGUGUCCCGGCCCAUCGUCGACGCUCAAGUUUAUUCAACAUCUGGCUCCUCCCGCUGAUGGCACGCCUGCUGGGAAGCGGAAAGCGCCUGUGAGCUCCAAGGCCGCGCACCCAUUCGCGGUGAUGGUGGAUCGCGGCCAUUUGAGCCCAUACAACAACGGCGAUGCUCUCCACGGCAGUUUCCGGCUCCAGGUUCCUCGCUUUAAGUCUACCACAACAGCAGAUCGGGUUACAUCCCAGCUUGUCCAUCUCCUGGAAAUCAAGGAACGCACCGGGCUUGAGCUUCCACCGUACCUGAAAUUCGUACCAGAGAGGCUAUCGCACAGCGCUUGUCUGGCUGACUCUAUUGCCCUACUCUACUUGACUUGGCAGCAAGCGAGUCGCGGCCAGUCACAAGCCAAAGUGCUCGAGUCUAGAAUUUAUGGAAAGGCUUUGAAAAGCUUACAGCGCGCUGUGAACAGUCAGGCGGUUUACACGGUUGAAACACUGGCUGCCAUGGUGAUAUUGCUGGGCCUUACUGUCCAUUACAAACCAUUCACACUCAUUGACUACAGACCGCACACGGUUGCGAUUCGACAUGUUAUGAGGCAGAUGGGUGCACCGCAGAUACAGAGCAGCCUGCACAUUGGCUUGAUACAGAGUACUGAAGGCCUUAUUGGCGGCCACUUCGAGUCACCAUGGAGAGAAACAAAUGAGAUAUUGCAAUCACUAUCCGGGGACAACGAGCGCCGAGAAGGCGAGAAAGAGGUCGAGGCAUUUGCAAGGACGUUGCUCGAGGACAUUAUGACCAUAUUUCGCCCAUAUCUGACCAAUACCCUUCCCACAGUACUCAAAAUCCGGAAGGAUCCCAUCGCGAUGAGAGACUCACAUGAGUCUGUACUUCAAGACAUCUUGGAUGUAAGGGGACUAGUUGAAGCCGCCCGAAAGGACCUGUGGGAAGUUUGUUCAUCUCCUGGAUUCAUGGCUGAACUCCCUGAGCCGAACUUCUUCCUUGGUCACAAAGUCGUGUUCACUUCAUCCACGAUAGCAAAUUAUGUGUUAUCGCUUACCAUGAUAAAUAUCAGUGUGCUCGCAGUUCUCUACGACGUACAAAAACUAUAUGGAACUGUGAACGAGCCCGCACGUGCUGAAUAUCAGAGCCUCUGUCUCAAAAUGUGGAAGUGUUUGCCAUAUCUUGAGACCCUGGACGCUGCUACCUCUACUCGUCUUCUCAAAUCCGUCGCAUCGGUUUUUGAGCAUGCGACUGACGAGGAUAUUAGUAGUAUACUCAAGACCAACUUGGAAUGGUCUAACCUGGGGGCUAAGAGUAAAAGCGAUAAGGAAGGUUUCAGAGCAGAGGUGACAAGGAUAUCUAAUCUAUGGUAUUCUCGAGGUUCUGGGGAACAGGAGGUCCAGUAUUCAAUACGACCUGCCGAUAAAUCUUAG